UGACAAUAAAAUAAAUUAUUUUGUCAUGAAGCUAAUUGUGUGUUAUAUUAUUUGAAAUAAUAACUGUUCAGAAAAUACAUCUGGAUAUUCAUAGUGUUUAGACAAUAGAUCAAUCACAGAUAUUUGAUAUAUGAGUACAUUUAUAUAGUUAUAUCUAUAAUGGUGAAGAAAAAGUAGACUAAAUUGUUACCGUGGACUGAAAAUUCGCCUAAAUUAAAUCACGUGAUUACAUACUUUAUCUAAUCUAACAAACCUUACCUUAUCUAACAGACAUAAAGUACAAUACACAAAAAAACCGGUAGGUAUACGGUAUACAACACAUUCUUAAUAGUAAAUUGUUCAGGUGUUCAGUGAUCAAAUAUUUUUACAUGUCUAUUAUUUCUUAAUAUUAUGGCUGAAAAAAAGACUAAUACAAUUUUUGACAGAGAAUCUGUAAGUAGAUACUUAUUUGAUCUCUAAGUUUCCAUUAAAACUAGCUACCUAGUGAUUAUAUUUGUGUGAUUUAUAUAGGUUGGUCUAGUUGACGAUUCAGAACUAGUUGAUAACUACAACAAACAGUAUGAACAAGUAAAAAGGAAGGCCAAAGCAAAAUUAAAUCCUAUUGAUUCCAUAGCUGAGCUAAAUUUAAAUAAUGAGGUUAUUGUACUUAUUUUAAAUAAUAAAUAAACAUAGGUAUUAUAAUUUGUUUUUUUAAAUAUAACAGUAUACAGGGUAAUUUUUUUUAUCAUUGAAUACUAAUUAUUUAGCCAAGUAUUGAUUUUUCAAAAAAAAAAAUUUUUGUUUAACUAUUUGUGUUAUAUCUACAAGUGGGUUUUUUGUUUAAUUACAUAUAUAUAUGUUUAAAAAUAUACAUCAGGUAGAUUGCAAAAUUAUGGAAGAUAACUUACCGAAAAUUCUAAUCACAUUUUUGACAAUUUGGUAGUUACUGCAUUUACUACUUUGUAGGCAGUAUAAGUAGUUUAUAAUGUUAUAUCAGUACAUGUAUUUUUACAUAGCUUAUGAAUUAUACACAUUUUUAAUGUCUUGAUUUCUUAAAUAAUUCAAAAUAUUAAUUAAAUUUAAAAAAAAAUCCAUGUUGCAUCCUAUAUGAAAUUUUCAUAUUCUACAUUUUCUGAUAUUAAAAAAUAAAAAUUUCACAUAGGUUAUUGUAAUUGUAAUUUUAUAGAAAAAACAAUUUUAAUUAAGUAUAUUAGUAAGUAAAUAAGGAAGUAUGUUAAAUGUUUUAUUUCUCCUAAAAAAUAUAUAAGACUGGUAUUAAAGAAUACUCAAUUUGAUGAAAAAAUUACUUACAUCAUAGUUGGUAUACAUAAAUUAUUUUUAAAUUAUGUUCGCAAUGAUAUCAUCUAUACUAUUCAACCAUUACAUUUUAAUAUGUUAUUAUGCCAAUGUUCAACAUAAAUUUAACCUUUAGGUGCAUGGAGGCAUUUACAUUGUCCCUGUUUUCAACCAAAUUUGGCCAAUAUAUGUAUGAUUGUUUGUGUAUUCAAAAAAGUAACAUUAAUAUUAUAUCCAUUUUAAGUAAAACGAACACAAAAAUGAUUAACCAGAAUUUUUAUUAGGUAGAUAAAUAGAAGUCAAAACAUUGGAUAUUGUCAACCUUGAAACUAAACACAGACUUACCCAAAUAUUAAAUAUAUGUGAUUUUAUGUCUAAAUAAAUAAUUAGAGAAUUAAUAAGCCCCAAGGACGUAUUGACCGAUUGAACACUGAUUUUUUUGAAAAUGUGGUGUAAAUGUCGCCCACCUGCCCAAAGGUUAAUUAAUUUAAAUUAUAGUUAACAUAAUAUUUAAUUAUUUUAUGUAAACAUUUUUAUUUUAGGGAACCAAAGAAACUCCUGUUAAAAAUAAAUCAAAAAAAAAAGUAAGUGCAACAAAAUAUUAAAUUUACUUUACAUAAAAUCCAUUUUUAUUGAAUGUUAUAUUAUAUAAUCAUUUUAAAUGACUAAACAUGUCCUUGUUAAUUUGAAAAAUAAAAGGUGUAUCCAUUAAGUGUACUAUUUAUACAUACCAUUAAUAAUUGUACAUAUAUAAACAUAGAGUAUCAUGUAUCUUGUAUCUAGAUAUACUGAAUGCAUGUAUCAUGAUACUCUUUUUUGAGUAUCUAUUCCAAUUCUGACCAUUAUAUUCAUUUUAUAAAUUUACACUUUUUUAGACUUAUACUGAUCCAAUUUAUCAAGAGCCAUCAAAUGUUUAUGAGGUAUCUAUUAUCUAUUUAAUUUUUAUAUGAUCUUAUUAGUUUUAAUUAAAUUUUAAAUUAAUUGUAUGUAAAAUAAUUUAUAAAAUCUUCAAAACUUGUAUAAAUUAAAAUUUGAACUUUUGUUCAGGAUGCACAAGAUAUUUUUCCACCACCACCACCACCACCUCCAGAUAGCAUAAAAAACUUACCUAAAACUGAGAAGGAAGCACUUACAUCAAUGCUUAUGUCAUAUUACAUGAGUGGAUUUCAUACUGGUUUGUUUUCACAAUAUUCUAAAACCUCAUUUAUCUACACCGUUUCACCUAUCACAUGACAGAUAACUGUGUUUAAAACCAAUGGUCAGAGUAGUGUACUAUUUGUAUAAAUACUACCAUUUUUUUUUUUUUAAAUUCUGACUGAAGUGAGUGAUUUAAUGGAUUUACUAUAAUAUGUAUUUUUUUUCUGUCUUAUAAACAACUUUUCUCCUAGAUCUCUUACUCCAAUCAAAACAUGACAAGAGACCUUUUUUGUUUUAAUUUAUACUUUUUAAAGGUAAUUUUUAGUCUUAUUAAUACUUGAGAUAAUGAGGAAAAACUGAUUCUUUAGGUUUACAAAUAUUAAAAAUAAGUUUGUUAUUAACAACAAUUUUUAUUUAUUUGUUGUUAUUAUUUUAAUCUUUUAAUCUUUUUAAACAAUCAUUGUUAACAUGCACAUUGUUAAAAAAAUAAUACUAUUGCCCGAAUUCUGCUCUCAGAAUUGUUUUUCAAUGAUUGAUCCUUACACAUACAUGUAUAAAUUAAAUUUUCCUCUGUAUCCUACCUUCCCAACUUCUCAUUUAUAUCAGUGGCUGAGUUGUACCACAAACUAUGUGUGGCUCUUUUUUUAUUAAUUAACAUUAAAAAAUUAAACACCAAUCUACAACACAAACAUAACCUAGAUCAAAUAUAAAUGAAGUAGAACUAUAGUUGUUAUUAUAAAAUGGAAAAAGAACACAUUUUUUAAUCUGUACUAUGAUUAUAAGCGCUAAAACUACUCAUAGAAUGUAACUCAAGGGAGUCUUUAUUACCAUUUAUCAAAUCAUAUCGGCAACUUUUCUUCUUAAUUCACAUAGAUAUCUCCAAAUGUGUAGGCUGUAGGUGAUAUUAGUUACGGACAAUAGAUAAACAUAAUUUAUUGCAAAUUAAUUGUAUGAAUUUAGAUUGUACAUAUUCUACCUAAUUAAUAUAAAGAGAAUAAUAAGUUAACCAAACUAUAGAGCCAAAUUCUAAAUGAGACCUGACAAGUGAGAAAUAUAAUGUUUUCAAAGAGUUUAUCUUUUUAAAAUCUUUAGUGUUCCUGUAAAUAGAACCAAACAUUUUGAAAGCUUUAUUAGUAAACAAUUUUAUGUGUAAUGUGAAAGACAUAUUGCAUUCAAGUAAAAUUCCUAAAUCCUUGAUAGAAUUGACUCGAUAUCAAAGUCUGAUCAACUGAACAAUUGUCUUCUUCUUCUUCUUUCUUAGUUUCGGUCAUUCAAGACCAUACCUCUAGAUAAACAUACUGCCACCUAUCCCUAUCCUCUGCUACUUCCUGCCAAUGUCACUCCAGCUCCACUGUUUCAGUGUCUCUCCUAACGCAAUCCUCCCAUCUUAGACGCGGUCUUCCAAGAGGUCUCCUCCCUACUGGGUUUUCCUCUAUUACUCUUCUUAUUAAUGAGUCAUGUUUCCUCCAGGCAUGUCCACUGAACAAUUGUAAAGUAUAAAAUUAUGAAGCAAUUUAAAGUGAUGAAACUACAUUUAUUUAUAUGGCUAAAACAAAAUGGUAAUAUAGCAAUUUAUUCAAUUUUGAUUUUGUUAAUUUGUUCUAACCAUAUAUUUAGCCAUGAUUCAACUUAGUAAAAAUAAUGGUAAAGAUUUAAAGUUCAUUAAGUCAUCAAAUUGAUCUGUCAUUAUUUGAAUGGAGCAAUAUUUCUGAUAGAAAACAUUGUGUUAACAUAAUAAAAUAUUAAAUAUUUGAGGCUUUACCUAUAAUUUUCUUUUGGGUUUUUCCCAAUUAUUUUGAAAGACCCUUGAAAAUCCAAAAAUGACCUCCUUAAUGAAUUAACUAAAGAACAUUAUCUUUCAGAAAAGGUGUUUUAGUCUAUACGUUGGAGCAAGUUUUCUGUUAGAAAAGUUGUUCCCAAAUACAAAAAAUAAUACAAAACACAUAUCAUGGUAAAACCUAAUAGAUCUCUCGUUAUACUUCAAAUCUAAAAUGACAAAAUAUGUUCAACAGAACUUUACAAAGAAUCGUUUUUUGUUUAUAGUGAUUUAUAGUUGCAUACAUAUAUAAAUUAAAUUAUUCUUUAUAUUCAAUCUUCCCAACUUGCUUAAUUUAUAAUGACCAUAAUAUUUAACUAAGGAAUAUUUCAGGAUAUUAUCUUGGAAUGAAACAAAAUAAUUCAAAUGAAUGAAAGAAUUGAUGACAUGUAACAAAGGAAUGGCUUUAUAAUUUAUGAAAUGUAAGAAACUACUGAUGUUGUGUUUUUACUUAAUAAUUCUUACAUGUCAAAAUGGUAUUAUAUAUUAUUAUAUUAUGGUGUUAAUUCAUACAUUAAGCACCUUUUAUAAAUAGUUUUAUGUUUAAAAAUAAAAAAACUUUC